AAAGGAAAGUUUUGAGGGAGGGGCAGAAUUUCUGGCCUGCUUCUUUUUUCAAAUGUGUCUAUGAUUGGGUGGAAAAUGAAUAGGUGAAAAAAAACUGAAAAAGCUGUCUCAAAGUUAUCUUUGGGGAUAUAAUAAUUUCUUCAUUUUGGACAUUCUUUUGGUCUCUAUUCAGACAUUCCUUUGGCUUCAAAAUUACAAAAAAAGAAAGAAAAGCAGUGGGUGUAAUGUAAGUGUAACUAACCCACAUCUCCCCCAAUCAUAUGCUGUAUGUCAUAUCCCCAACACCGUUCCAGCUAAUUCCAUGGUAUAAUCAGACUCAGAAUUCUAGGGGUUUUCUUUUUUACUUUCCUCUGUACAUGGGUGGUGUUUAUGCAAAAUGAUGAUACUUAAACAUUAAGCAACAGCAGAGGAAUCCAAAAAGGGCAUCCAUGGGGUGGAGUUCAGAAAAAAUGGAUAUAUGACGAAAGCAGUGGAUGUCCUUAAGGAAACAUACCAAAAUCCUCUGUUGAAUGGGAACCUCAUCAUUCUGGUUGCGACUUUUCUUCGAACGCCUUAUACCCAAUGAGCCUUGAAAAAGAAAAAAGAAAAACCUCAACGGAACCGUGUGUUCGCCACGCAGACCCAUGCUUGGAAAUUAGCAUGUCAGAAUUUCCUCGCGCAGGAACACGUCGCAGCGGCCAUGGAUUGGCGAGACUUCCAUUGGAAUUACGUAACGUAAGCAUAAUUAGAAUAUUUUAUGGGAAGGCAAUUUCUAAUUUUCUAUGGAUGGAAACAAAUUGGGGGGAAAUGAGCGCGUCCUCUAUGGCAGGGGGCGGUUUCGAAUUGGAGAGAAUAUUCUCUGAAAAUGGGCAUUGGCAGAGGCAAGAAACAGGUGUGAUGUGGAAUCCUAAGCGAAGGAAUUAUGGUGGAGUUGGAAUUCAUGCACCCAGUUUUGUUUGAAUGUAGGAAACCUUUCAAAAGCUGAUCCGCAUCCAUUCAAUUCUCUGGGACGAUCAUUCCUGAAAAUCUGAAUAUAGUAAAACAAAGUAGCCAGAUGGCGAGUUCUGUAUUCAAAGAACAAAGAUGGGCAAUUUCUGCACAAAUCAGAGAAGCGAGACUUUAGUCCACUUCAAAAGAUUCAGUUUUGAUAUCUAUCUACAUUCAUUGGGUAAAAAUAGAAUAUGGGUUGAAGAAAAUUGAAGUGAGAGCAUCCUUCUCAGUAAGUAUAGUAACCAAAUUGAUAUUGACGAUUAAAAAAACUAUGAAGAUAUCGACUUUGCCCAAGUUUUCAGCCAACAGGAUCACUCUUGAUUGGAUUGAAUGAUCAACCUAUAUAUUCAAAUGGGUCCAAAAUCAUCUAGAGAUGGCCUGGCCAUUAUGUUGACUUCCUAAACAUCUAACGAUCUCAACUAAAUAUGGAUUAAUUAAUCUUUAUCUUAUCGAACCCGAGAUGUCGACAAAACGUAUGACCCAGAAAAUACCCGUUUUAAUAAGGUAGAGUUCUUGCUAGAGCUUUUUCCAAGGCUUAAUCUGUUAUAAGCUGUAGUUCAUAAUUAAUGGUGAUAUAAACAAUAAAUGUCCAAUCCAAAUCCUCUGAUGCUCUUAGUAACCAACGACCAGCUAUGAUCUUGCACAUCAUUUGCAUAAGCUAAUCAUAACCUCCAAUUAUAUACGAAAGAAAAUCAGAAAAAUGGGAAGGAAACAAGAGGCUCUACAAUGGGGAAGAAGAAACUGAGGCUGCAAACUCAAGACUCCAAUGUCAGUUUUUCAGCCUCAUGGCUCUUAUUUCCUUGUGAUCAUAUUCUCUGUAAUCCAUGUGAGUUAUGAUUUUUUGCAGGUUAUAUUGGACAAUGGAUUGUUGAAAGUGACAAUAUCAAACCCCCAAGGAUAUGUAAGUGGUAUCAAGUAUGGAGGCAUGGACAAUUUGUUAGAUGUAAAAUCAAGCGAAUCUAAGAGAGGGUAAUUUCCUGACAUUUUGACGAUUCUGAGGUUGUCUUGGUUUUGGGCACCUGUCCUUUUUGCUUAUAUGUAACCGAAAUGAUGAAACUGUAGACUGAACCGGAUUCCAUGUAUCUACUUUUGACUUGUUUCUUUCCUGUGUGCAGAUACUGGGAUAUCAAUUGGAGUUGGCCUGGAGGCAAGGACAGAUACCAACUGUAUAUGUCUGCUCUCUCAAGACUGAUAGAUUAAGUUAAAUUUUGAAACUUUAAGCAGUUUACCAGUCAUCAAACCAAAGGAAGAUAGGAAAAGUUCGACUAUGGAGUUUUCGCUCGAUUAAAAGGAUAUAACAAGUCCCGAAUACAUGAUUUUCUUCUGAGGGCAGCUGCAAAUAUUCACUAACUCUUGAUCCAUUUAAACUUUCAGGCUUAAAGGAUCUGAAUUUAAUGUAAUCAACACAAGUGAUGACAUCAUCGAGCUAUCGUUCAAGAAAGUUUUUAACCAGUCGAGUCAAGGCAACAAACUUCCCCUUGGAGUAGACAUAAGGUUGUAUGUUCAUUCAGAACUCCCUGUUACCUUGAAAUUAAUCUCCAAAUUCUGGUGAGUUUCAUUCAGGCUUCUAAUUUGUCCUCUAGGUAUGUAAUGAGGACUGGUAUUCCAGGCUUCUAUUGCUACGCGAUCUAUGAGCACCCUUCGGAAUGCCGGGCGUUCGAUCUUGCUCAGACAAGGAUGGUGUUUAAAUUGCGAAAAGAGAAGUAAAAUAUCCUGCCUCUCCAUGGCAAGCUGGAGUACAAUUUGCUGUUCUUUUUUUCUUCUUCUGUUUCUUGUACUGUCUGUCUCACCAUUUAGAGUCAAAUUAGGUUCCACUACAUGGCAAUUUCAGAUGAGAAGCAAAGAAUAAUGCCAAUGCCAGAGGAUUUGCAUCGAGGCAGAGGUGAACAACUAAUUGUACCUGAGUCAGUCUUGCUUGUAAAUCCUAUUAAUCCUGAUCUGAAAGGAGAGGUGAGAAUGUAAGCCUAGGUUUAUUUGCUUUACCUGCACACGAGAAACAAUUUCCUUGAACAAAAGGACCAAAUGCAGGUAGAUGAUAAGUACCAAUACUCAGUGGAUAACAAAGAUGGAGGAGUUCAUGGAUGGAUAAGUUCAAGCCCAAACAACAUAGGUUUUUGGGUAGUUUUCCCGAGCCAUGAGUUUCGAAAUGGUGGCCCUACUAAGCAAAAUCUAACCGUCCACACCGGUCCUACCUGCCUGGCUGUAAAUUCUUUACCUUUACUCCACAGUGUAAAUCCCAAAGUUUGUUCACAAAUGUUUGAUCUGAUGCAACAGAUGUUUCAUGGAACCCAUUACAUUGGAGAAGACAUACUCACACAAAUUAAGGAGGGAGAGACAUGGAGAAAGGUGUUUGGUCCUUUUCUUGUAUACCUUAACUCCACCCCAGAUGUAUCAGAAGCACACAAUUUAUGGAUAGAUGCAAAAGAACAGGUAUUUAUUUGUUAUAAAUCCAACUUACUCCCAAUCUAUACCUGCAUUGCUCAACAUUUUGCAGUAAAUUGAUCCACUGUCUCAUAACAUAGAACUUAAAUAUCAUCAAGCUACUAAAUCAUACAUUCCUUCGAGUUCUGUACUAAUUUUCUAGUGAAAACCUGAAGAUGUAUGAUUUUUCAGGAGUACAAUAUGAAGUUAUGAUUUUGCUUUGCUGUUUAAUCAUGUUUCUGCUAAUAUGCAUCGAGAGUCUAAGUUGCAGAUACGCGAGCUUAAUCUUGCACACGAUUUUAAUGUAGAGAAUGCUAGAGGAGGAGGCAUGGCCCUAUGAUUUUGUCUCUUCUUCCUUUUAUUUCAUAGCAAAUGAACGUGGUUCCAUUUCAGGAAGACUAUUAGUCCAAGACAGGUCAUGUUGGUUCCCACUUCGAAAGAGCAGUAAUUUUCCUUUCCGUGCCUUGUAAAAUAAGGUAGAAUCUCUUUCUUUUUCUCCAGGUAUGUUUCAAGUUCCUCAAUCCCUGCUAGAGAUGCACAUAUUGGUUUAUCCGCUGCUAGGGAAGAAGGUGCCUGGCAAACAGAGAGCAAGGUGAAAGCUGUUCCUUACCCCUCCUGCGAAAGAACCCUUUUUCACUUUUUACUUUUAUCAGUUUCAAUGCACAGAAUUCAAUAACUUUUACUUCAUAACCUCUUAAAAUGAAUUUUAUUUGUGUGAACCCAGGAAUAUCAAUUUUGGGUACAAACAGAUUCCAAUGGAGAUUUCACCAUCAGAAACAUUAUUCCUGGAGUCUAUGGGCUUCAUGGUUGGGUACCAGGAUUCAUUGGGGAUUAUCUUCACAAAUCACUAGUAACAGUAUCUGCAGGUCCUUUGCUCUUUUCCACUGAAGUUUUUCUGCUUCCUAUGUCAAAUUAGAACGGGGUACGGUGUCUCCGAUGUUGUAGAAUAAUGCUACUGCUUCAACUAGUUCUGAUAGUUGAUAUUCAACAGGAUCUCAUACACAUCUAGGCAUUCUGACCUACAGUCCCCUCAGAGAUGGUCCUACUUUGUGGGAGAUCGGCUUUCCCAACCGUACAGCCAAUAGCUUCUAUGUUCCUGAUGUGAAUCCAAUGUAUGCCAACAAGUUAUUUCUUCACAGCCAUGAAAAGUUCAGGCAAUAUGGUUUAUGGGAGAGAUACAGUGAUUUACAUCCAAAAGACGACCAAGUUUUCACUGUGGGUAUCAACGAUCCGAAGAAAGACUGGUUCUUUGCUCAAGUUUGCAGAAGAAGGGAAGAUGGUGAGUAUGUUGCGACGACAUGGACAAUCAAGUUCAACAUAACAUCAUUAACUGAUGGAACUUACCGGCUGAGAUUAGCCAUUGCAUCUGCAACACGCUCAGACUUGAAGAUUAAUGUCAACUCAAUGGGGUCAGAGUCUCUGGUUUUCCAGCUGAUGAAUCUGGGAAUGGAUAACACAGUUUGUCGACAUGGAAAUCAUGGGCUGUAUCGGCUUUAUAGCAUCAACGUUCCAUCUUCAAUGCUUGUAAAGGGAGACAACUCCAUGUUUCUCACGCAGGCAAGGAAUGGAGAUUCACUCUGUGGGAUUUUAUACGAUUACUUAAGACUGGAAGCUCCUGAUACUCCAUGAAGAUCUGAUUAAUCCAAAGGCACU